AUGGCACCGCCAAAUACCCAAAAACGUAUAAAAGGCGUCUCGAUCUUUAGACCUUUUGUAUACGGUACCACAUCUCAUAAAUUCAGUCCAAAGUAUCCAAAGCCCGAGGGGACUCCAGAGGAACAUACGCAUCAGUGGACUGUGUUUGUAAAGGGGGUGGAUGAUACGGAUAUUACUUAUUGGUGUCGGAAAGUACAGUUUAAAUUACAUGAUACGUAUCCGCAGCAUUUGAGGGUAAUUGAAAAUGUUAAACCAGGCGAUCCAUUUCAAGUAACAGAAACAGGAUGGGGUGGAUUCGAUAUCCAAAUAAAAAUCUACUACGAUCCCGUCGCGAACGAAAAAGCUCAAAGUUUUUGGCACCGUUUACAAUUAGAACCAUAUGGUGAUGAACAAUUACAAACAGCGCAGGUUCGCGAUAAUGAGGUUCGGUCUUGGGUAUAUGAUGAAAUGGUUUUUAAUGAACCUUAUGAACAAUUCUAUGAGGUUUUGACGAAUCCCAUGCCGAGGGAGAAGAAUAAUGGAGGGAAGGGAAAAGCGACGAGGACGAUGAGGGGAGGGAUGGUAGGGAGUGUGGGGGAGAGAACGGUUUUUAUUCCUUUGACGCCUAGACCGGGUCAACCGUUUAGUAGGGAUACGGAGAGGGCGGAGGUUAAGAAAUUGGUGGAGGGGAAGAAGAAGGUGGAUGUUAUGAAUGAGAAGUUGAGGAAAGAAUUGAGGGAGAAGGAGGAGGAAUUGAAGAGGUUAAAGGGAGAAUUGGAGAAAUUAUGA